GUGCCCUUUAUCCAGUUUUCUGUAAACAUCUCACCAGAUGGUCUUUGCUAAAAAGCCAAACUCCCAUAUUUACGCUUUCUGACCUCCUACAACAUUUAAAAGGAAGUUUCACCUCAGAGUCUGACCCGUAAAGUUGUUAAAUGGUCCGAUUGCAUAAAGGUUCAGCAGGAGGUUUGGCUCAUUACUAACCGACCCCCCGCCCUCUUAAAGCCAGCCAGUCAUGGUGCAGUUAGUAAACACCGACCUGGAAAGACGCUCAAGUUUCAUAUCGUGUGAAAUCAUGUGACCGAUGUUGCGCCUGCAUAGCGUGUUGAUGGGUGGAACGACGCCGUUUCUCAGUAUUUUCUCGGACGACACAGAGAUACUCUCCAGAACAGACUUGAAGAGCUGACUUCAGCACCAUCAUCUGUUCGGACGGGAAGCCUGACCACAACUCGGACCUCGACAAUCAUCAAGCUCAAAGAUAUGCAUAGUUAGCAGGAAGGUUAUGAGGCGGGAUAGAAAAGUGUGAGAAGGCCACGAGCAUGUUCAUGGAGCACAGAAUCACAGCUGGAGAAAACCUGACCUUGCAGUCCAACAACACCCAGUUGACCACCGGCGUUCUGCAGACCUCCUCCGAGAACGCGGAGCAUUAUCUUAUAAACAUAUUAAUAUCUGGAUUUUACACCAUAAUCCUGUUUCCUAUCGGCCUCGUUGGGAACAUCCUGAUCCUUGUGGUCAACCUGCACCAUAAAGGCCGUCUGACGGCCCCGGACCUGUACUUUGUGAACCUGGCAGCGGCGGACCUCAUUCUGGUGGCCGACUCUUUGAUUGAGGUAUUUAAUCUGAAGAAGGGUUACUACGACAACACCGGCCUCUGUACCUUCAUGAAUCUUUUCCAGCAGGUCAACCUCUACAGCAGCGUCUUCUUCUUGACCUGGAUGAGCAUCGACCGCUUCAUUGCGCUAACCUGUGUCAACGGAACAAGCAUGGGACACGCCCGCCUCAGCUGCUGCUUCAUCUGGGUGUUUUCCUCAGUGCUCACCCUGCUGCCUUUCGCUGUAGCUCAAGUGCAGCAUUCGGGUGAGCUUCACUUCUGCUUUGCUAACGUGAGCCAGAUUCAGUGGCUGGAGGUGACGCUGGGCUUCCUGCUACCUUUCUGCAUCCUGGGCGUGUGUUACUGGAGGAUAGGGCAGGUGCUGCGGCGCAGCCAGAGAGAGCAAUGCAACCAGCAGCAGAGGCCUCGCAGGCAGAGAGCUCUGCGUAUGAUCUCUGCCGCCGUGUUGGUCUUCUUCAUCUGCUGGCUCCCGGUGAAUGUUUUCAUAAGCAUUCACCUCCUGAGGGGCGACACAGACAGCAGCAGCACGCUGUGGGAGCUUUACCCUCUGACGGGCCACGCCGUCCGGCUCGCAGCCUUUUCCAACAGCUGUCUGAAUCCGCUCAUCUACGGCUUUCUGGGAGAGACUUUCCGGAGAAAGCUGAGGCUGUUCCUUCAGGAGAAAAGCAGAAGCCCCAAGCUUUCCAGGUCUGUUUCAGAAAGAGCCAUGUACGCAACAGUUUCACCAAACCGUCCCCCUACAACAUGGGACACAUCGAGCGACUCCUCUAGUUCCACCUCUGAAAGCCGACACAGACCGUCCUGACACGGAUCAUAGGCUAAAGUCACGCCAUGAGAUUAAUGAAACUUUAACGGACAAUGUGACACAAAGGGAG